GCUGGCUAUACUAACUGUUCGAUAAAUUUCGUAGAUAUAAUGCUGUCACCAAACUAAUUAUGACAGUCUAUAACAAUACAUAGUUUUUACAGACGACAUUGAACAAGUAAUUGAUAGUUGCUGACAACUGUAAUGAUUUGAGAAUCUUGCAUACAUUUGCGAAUAACAGUGGCGCUGUUUUGAUUACUGAAACCCAAACUAUUAAAACUGCCCAACCGUGAAACGCACAUAAAUAUCCGACUGAUGACCGCACAAAGAACUGAUUAAUUCCCACGCACCAGACUACAAGCUGCUGUUACAUGAUUUAUUGCUAGCAACCAUGCUGCGCGCGAUCGAUUGAUAUCGAUAAGUAAUUGCAGAAUUGGCUAAUUACAAAUCCCUCUUGCAUUGCACAUGAUCAUGAGUGCAAUGCGAAGAAUACGUUUUCGGCUGUAACCAUUAAGCAAAAAGCAUGCUUUGUACGGGCACCUUACUGUACUUCGACCAUUCACAAAGAUUUGUUUUGAUGACAAAUUUGGUAGCGGUAAGACUCAAACGUGAGUUUGUUCUUUUUUACGGUUAAAAAACAAAAUUUAUCAGAAUUUAAGUUUGUAGCGAUGUCUUCACACUACGCACCAACAGCCAAAUUAUUUUCAAUUUAACUCUGGUACAUACGUACAUACUCGUAUAUAAACGUUUAUAUUUAAGGCGAUGCAAUGUAGUGAAAAUUAAGUAAUGUCGCGUGGGUCCGUGCUUGUUGUAUCUUUUUUUUCCCGGUUACCAAUAUCAUGAAAUGACGAAAUUAAUGAUACAAACUUUUGAGCUUCCAGGACUUGUAGGUAGGUAGAACAUUUAACGAAUUAGCCGUCUGGACCGACCUUUGUAUAUACUCCGCGUAAUGCUUGAUUUACCACCUGUUCGAAUCGUAACUUUCCCGACCUUUAUAUACACACUUUCAAUCAACGUCCUUCAACAAUUCAAAUCGUGCACAUUAGUACAGUAAUUCAGUCAAUGUUACCGCUGAUAUCGUAAUGUUCAUGCAAGACAGCAUUUGGAAAAAGAGAUCUUGUUUAAAGAGACGAACAAUAUAUCGUAAGCGCCACUUCCAUACUGUUUGAUGUUGCCAGCCAUGUGGAACGUGUUUCACCGUCACUGCAGUGCGGCACCGCCGCACAGGUAUAUUGUACUGUACAUGCAGUACGUUACGGCAGAUAUGGCGCACAGCUUUGUACCGCUACUGCGAGAUUUAUUUAUGCACAACAGGUAACAGCAUGCUGCCAUGAUAUCAACUGCAGUCUAGAUUUCUGCCGCCAUUGAAGCUCUUUCGUGUUUAACGCACAAUUUUCCACGCUAUGAUCCGUUAUGCAUAAUGCCGGCGAGAAAUUUUGCUGGAGCAUGAUGAGGGCAUAUUGCGCCGGCUAAUAAGCGCAGUCUACACUGGAAGUCUGGAACACAAAGAGAGCAUGGAUCAUGAGGAUUAUAAAUACACGGACUUAGAUUUCAGGGUGAUAUCCCAUGGGAAUGGUGCGUGUAUGCCGUUGCUGGUCAAUCAGAAUCCGCCAGCCAUCAAUCCGGCUAGUUCAGACUGUGUAGUAGACAGUGAGAAUGACCAGCGAGAUGAUAAGAGUGUUUGUACUGGAUUUUAUGAUCGCGAUUCUGCUCAUGCUGUGAUGAAGAGCGAGAGCAUGAACGCCGGCACAAUACGGGAUUCACUUGACCACGAAGCUGCUGCUGCACUGGCUGCAGUUUGUGAUGUCCAAAUGCAGCCAGCUGUCGGUGAUCAAAUACGGCAACUGCCUGCAGUGUCGCGCGAUACUGAUCAGGACACUAGUGAAUAUUCUAAUCUUCCGCUGCAUGACGGAAAUUGUGAUAAUGUUGUGGCGGUGGAGGUUAAUGCUGUCCUGGUGGAGAUGCCCAAUAUGGCCGGUAGUAAUAUGAUAUCCCAUUCGCCGCCACCGCCGUAUACACUGGUCAGGGGCCGGAGAAUGAGGUUUUUUCCCCAGCAGAUCCACCUUCCGCCGGUACCUGAUCCGGCCUGCAGCUAUUCCCAUGUUCUACAGCAUUAUCCGGAUUUUUUUCAACGCCACGCGAGUCGGCACAUGGAAACCAGCAAGAGUUGCUGUAAUUUUCUUAUGAUGACCGGCACAUUGAAUGUCAGAUGGUUUAUCGUCGUUAUCAGUUUCAUUGCGUUAUGCUGUGUUGUCGUUGGGAUUGUCCUUGGAGCCCUCAAAGGAGCCAACGAAUUUACGGGAGAUGAUAGUUUAACGAUCUCGCUUCUGUUAAUCGGUGUGGGAAUUAUUUUACUGACCGUGUCCGGCAUUGCCUGGCGUCUAACAAACAACCAAGCCGGCUCGGACACCAGCUCACUUCGGCGCAUACUGGGCUUGGGUUCCGUUCGGGCCACUUCACCAGCAUUGCAGAGCUUCCGAAGAGCACCAUCAGGCCCGUUUGCUGCCUAUGUGCUUCGCAAUUCAUUUGGCCGUCGUGGCGGCUGUCCACCAGCAUCAGCCGCACCAGCGCCCGGCUACUGCUACGAAUUUCAAUUCCGUCCGCCUCCGCCCUCUUACUACGCAUCCAUGGCGGAUUAUAGAGUCAGAACUUUACUUGACCGGACUGAAUGCCAUGGGAACACACGCACCCCGCCACCCGGCUACAGGCAGCCUAUUGAUCGGUCUAAUCCGCUGCCAUUGUUAAAUCAGCUACAACCACAACAACUGGCGACCAUGGCCACGCUACGGCCACUGCAGCAUCAUCCCGCUUCGGCGCCGCCCAGCUACCGAUCUGGGUCAGAGGAGCGCCGGUCAGGAAGGGAACGCCGAUCGCUGCAGCAUGUCAACGCGAUAUUCAAUGAGAACUAUGCCAGUGCGAUUGUCUACGAGGAUGAAGGAGUCAGGCUUAGCCGAUACAAUAUCAACGGGGAAUCACGGGGACGCUUAUAUGAUUCAGCGGAGUUUUCCCCUCCUAAAGCUGGCCUUGGCUCAAGUAUUGAGCUUCUUGCUCAACUGUAGAGGAAUAUGUCAUGAUUCAUUUGGGAUCGCUUGUUCACAAAAUGAGCUGUCAUGAACUCAGCAUUCAAGCUACGUUUUUUCAAAACAGCAACCUUUGAAAUAACACAAAAUUAAACCCUGGGAAUACUACAUAAUCAAUAAAUUUAUCGAAUAAAA